CAGGAGACAAUCAGCAAGCUAUCUAUUUGCCUACACCCCCCCUUGUGUCACUAAGAGCAGAGCGAGGCUGAGGGAGGAAAACCAUUUGGCUACGCUGCAGCUCCCAACCGCAUGGUACCCCGAGGGCUGCGUACCCCUCUCCCUCUCGCAUCCCGGUGCGGUGCUUUCCGUGGAAGGAAGGGGCAGUGGGCAAUGGGAGUGCCGGGGCUGGGGGCUCGGAGCUGCGCUCCUCGGGUUCUGCCGUUCGCUGAGCCCCGGAGCCCCCCAUCCCCAAAGGCUGCUUGACCCCCGCGGAGCCGCGACUUCAGCCGUGUUGUCGCACUCCCCCCGCACCAUCCCCGCGCGAUGCUCCGGCCCUGGGAGGGGCUGCAGCCUCCCACCCCCCGCAGCCACCGGGCGGGCGGCACCGCGGGUCCGGGCGGCUCCUGCCCUCCCCGGGGCGGGGCGGGGCGGUGCGCGGCCGUGCGGCGGAGCUCAGCCCCGUGGCGACGGGAGGGCGGCUCCCCCCAUCCUCAUCCCCAUCCCCAUCGCAGCCGCCUCCGCCCCCCGCCCCGUGACUCGGCUCUGCCUCCCGCGGGCGGCGGCGGCUGCCGGGCGGUGUCGUGCGGCCCCGUGCGGGGACUAUGAAGCACCAUGGUGUGGUGUGACCGUGGCGUCCAGAUGCUGCUGACCACGGUGGGAGCUUUCGCCGCUUUCAGCCUCAUGGCCAUCGCCAUCGGUACCGACUACUGGCUGUACUCCAGCGCGCACAUCUGCAACGGCACCAACAUCACGGCGGACGAAGCGCAGGGACCGCCGAGGAAAGCGAGGGGCGACCUUACGCAUUCGGGGCUCUGGAGGAUCUGCUGCCUCGAAGGAAUCUACAAAGGACACUGCUUCCGAAUCAACCACUUCCCUGAAGACAAUGACUACGACCAUGACAGCUCAGAAUACCUUCUCCGCAUUGUCCGUGCCUCCAGUGUGUUCCCCAUUCUAAGCACAAUAUUGCUGCUGCUGGGAGGGCUCUGUGUUGGAGCAGGAAGGAUUUACAACAGCAAAAACAACAUUAUUCUCAGCGCUGGAAUUCUCUUUGUCGCAGCAGGACUAAGUAAUAUCAUAGGGAUCAUUGUCUACAUAUCAAGCAACGCAGGUGACCCAAGCGAUAAGCGAGAUGAGGACAAAAAGAACCAUUACAACUACGGUUGGUCUUUCUAUUUUGGAGCCUUGUCUUUUAUCGUGGCCGAAACCAUAGGUGUUCUGGCUGUGAACAUUUAUAUCGAGAAGAACAAAGAGCUGAGGUUUAAGACCAAGAGGGAAUUCCUUAAGACUUCUUCCAGUUCUCCUUAUGCCAGGAUGCCAAGCUACAGGUACAGGAGGCGGAGAUCCAGGUCCAGUUCUCGAUCCACAGAGCCUUCUCCAUCUAGAGACAUUUCCCCGGUUGGCAUGAAGAUAGCAAGCACCAUUCCCAUGAACGAGAUUUCCAUGUACACUCUUUCCAGAGAGCCCUUGAAGGUCACAACGGCCGCCAGUUACAACGCAGACCAAGAAGCCAGUUUUCUGCAGGUCCACAACUUCCUUCAGAAGGAAUUUAAGGAAGGACUCCACGUCAACAUGGUCAACAGGAGAACGACACCUGUCUGAAGUUCCUUCCCUCCCUGUGGUUUUUGAAAAAAAAUAUCAGAACAGACCUGUCAUGAAAGAGAAGGAGCGAUGUUAAAAUACCCUCUCACCUCUUUAACUGUGGCAUGUAUUGAGGCAGCAAGUGGGGAUCCUCUGGACCAACAUAAAGAUGUUACACGCUUGUAGCUUUUUCAAAGCUAUUUGGAGUUUGUUUCUUUCAGUUCUUGGUGUCACGAGAUGAAGGUAGUUCAUGUCCCUGCACUUUUGUAACGUGUACAAAGUCUUGGAGAAGCUGCGAAGGACUUGCCACCAGUGUGUUUCAAGGGUCGCAGAAUUGUUGUACAACUGUUUUCUAAAUCGAGAUCCCUUACUACAAACUUGCAACUAUAAUUUACAACUAAGCCCAAGGAUACGAACUAGUCCUCCAGUGAUCCGCUCCCCUUUGACACAGC